AGCAGGUGGUGACGUUGGUACCCAAGUACCUCACUGUAAAGGUGGAAGAUGGUUUAAUAUUCCGCUAAUAAGGAGAUUUAAACUUGUUCAAUUCGCAGCAGAACCGCUUGAAACGGACAAUAACAAAUAUGUUUAAAGGCUGGGGAUCGUGGCUUGGCAUGGAUUCCACCCCAGGAUCCAACACAGAAGGAGACGAUGCUGCUGAAAUAGUCGGAAGGAAGAAGCAACCAGGGGAACUUGAGGUAAACAAACAAGAAGCCAGCGAGAGCCCAGCGCAGCCAGACGAUGGCCAAACGCAGCCGAUACUGCAGCAGGCCAAGGGGCUGAGUGGUUACAUUAUCAACAUUGCGAGCAGUGCGACCAAGAAAAUAACAGAGUCUGUGGCGGAGACUGCACAGACCAUCAAGAAAAGUGUGGAGGAUGGAAACAUCGAUGGUAUUAUUGACAAGACCAUUCUGGGAGAUUUUCAAAAAGAACAGGAAAAAUUUAUGCAAGAGAAGAAUGCCAAGAAAACAGAUGCAGCAGCGCCUCCUUGGGUAGGCUACAGUGAGGAGGAGACUAUCCAGCAGCAGAUCUUGGCUUUAUCAGCGGACAAAAGGAAUUUUCUUCGCGACCCUCCGGCUGGCGUGCACUACAACUUUGAUGUAGAACAGAUGUAUCCCAUUGCCCUGGUGAUGCUGCAGGAAGACGAGCUCCUUAACAGGAUGCGCUUCGACCUCGUCCCGAAACAUGUAAAGGAGGAGGUGUUCUGGAGGAACUAUUUCUACCGUGUGUCCCUCAUUAAGCAGUCAGCACAGCUCACUGCGCUGGCGGCCCAACAGCAGGCCGCAGAGAGAAGAGAGGACGAGAAGAAUGCCGCCGCCCCGCAGGCCGAGAGCGUACCAGAAACCAUCAGACCAAAGACCCCUCCUACGACCAUCAAUGCCAAGGCCAAGUCCAGUGAGCAGCAUGACGAGGAAGAGAUCUCGACUAGUCCUGGUGUGUCCGAGUUUGUGAGUGACGCGUUCGACUCGUGCAACAUCAACCAGGAAGACUUGCGAAAGGAAAUGGAGCAGCUCGUCCUGGACAAGAAAGCCAAUGUCUCCCCACAUGACGAAGACGCAUCCGAGUGGGAGAGGGAGUUGCAGAGAGAGUUGCAAGAGUACGAAGUGGUCGCAGGUACAGAUAAUCGUGAUGAUAACUGGGACCGUGAGAUUGAGGAAAUGUUGCAGGCUGACAGCUAAACCCUAAGAACCCUCCCUUUUCAUGUGGACCCAUCACUGCACUGGGAGAGAGUGACCAAGAGCGGACCAGAAAAAAAACAACCGUGUUUCGACCAAGUGUGGGAUUUGGAAGACACUGCAUUUAGACCCUAAUAUCAUACUUUAUGAUAUUAUAAUGACACAUUUAUCUGUUGAAAUGAAUUAAGAAAUCUCUUAAGAAUUCAUUCUCCUGAUUUAACAGUAGUUAGAUUUAGGGAUGUAUUCACACUCUGUUUAAUAAAAGUGGACUUUGGCUCACUGCCAAAUACACUGCAUCUAAAGUAAACUCCCUCUUUGCUUAUAGACUUUGUAAGAAAUAUUUGGUUCUGCCUUUUUAUACUAUCAAUGAUCUGUCAUUGUGUUCAGUUGGACCUACUUUAUUACUUAAUUAUUUACAUCAUAUUAUUUGAGACUUUUGGAUGGUCAUUUUUGAAACUUUACAGUUAAAUUGGCUCUCAGUCAAGUAAAUCUUGGCAUUUGAAGUCAAGGUGCCACACAGUGCUGGCCCAUUGACGAUAUGUAGACGACGUAUUUUUCCCUUGUGGAGAGUCUAUUGCGUCCUUGCAUCUGGAUUAAACAAUAUGUUUUGUAGUUGUAAGCAGUCUACGACAGAGCUGACUUGUAUAUUCACAUGGGAAUGCAGGUGAAAGUUUAGUUUUGUUUUCCUUUAUAUAGUGGUAUAAUAAUCAAAACUAAAUGAAAUCUGCACCAAUAAUGGAUAACUAAUAAAUCUUUGUUUUUCUUUCUCA